AUGAGUGAGCUGUUGGUGGUGAGUGGGCUGAUCGCUGUGGUUGUGCUGCGCAACACUCCGCGUCUCAGGCGAGCCAGUCCACUAUUCAUAGGCAUCAUGCUGGUUGGUGCUUUGAUCGCAUUACCUGCGCCGCUAAUAGCGUAUCUGGAGGUUGACAGCGUGGCGGUGUGCAUGAUUGGUGUGACUAUGUGGCACUUUGGGUUCAUCCUGACCUUCGGAUCGUUGUUUAUCAAGACAUACCGUGUGCGCAUGAUCUUCGGAUCUUCGGUCAAGAAACUCCGCAAGGGCAUCAAGUGCAGUGACAGGUUAGACAAUACGCGCGUGUGA